AUCCACAUUCAUUCUGCAGGAAUCAGAUCAAUUAAAAUGUCUUACUGAAAUCAACAAUGGCUUCACCGAGAGGUCACCAUCGGCGCGGAGGCAUGGAGGAACCAGUUUUCAUGUCAUCUGAUGUUAUUCAUCUCAAAGAGGAAUUUAAUAGACUUCAAAAGGACAUUUUGCCAGAAUGCAAAAAGCAUUUGGAGAAAAUUCAUGAUCUCAUCAAUGAGUUUGAAAAUGGUAACAGAUUUGCUAUUUAUGCACGCAGGGGAGGAGAAAUAACUGGAGGAAUCGCGAUGGUGUUGUUGGCAUUAGCUUUAUUUUUAAUUGAUGAAGAGGUUUCUGAUAUUAUUGCUGCAGCAGGGGCAGCUGCGGCUGUAGUUGCUGUAUUAUGUGCUACUUUUAGACUAUACAAGAAAACACAGCUCAAGAAGAACUUAAAACAAUCUGUUGAAGAGGAACUUAAGGGAUUUCAGGAUAAAAUGAACCCUAUUAUUGACAUAUUGGAAAAAAUCGGCCAACACACUGAGGAAAUAUUGAGAGACGCUUUACUAUCAGACCACAAUGCCAAGGCAUUGAGUGAACAUUUUGCCUACUGCUUUGAAAAAAGACACCUGUUUCAGGAACAUGACAGGAGUAAAGUGGGUGACCAGAUGUCUGAAAUUGUGCAUUUGUCUGGAAACAUUUCAGAAAUGAUCGCCAAAGUUAGUUCUGUGCCUGAUAUUCUCAAAGAGAUUAUUGAAGACAACAAGAAGCAACGUGCCAAACCUGUCAAACCCAGACAGGAACAGAUACAUAAAAGAGAGUUUAAGGAGAAAGCAGAGAAAUUCAUUAAUGAUAUGCAGAAAGGAAUAUGUGAGUUAAAAAAUAGCGUGAAAGAAAUCAGCCAAAAAACAGACAGCAUAUCAGAUAUUUUGAGUUGAACCUGACAAAAUGAUAAAGUAUGAACUGCUGAGACAACUUGUUAUUGGAUCCA